AUGCAGCUGCUCGCGCACAAUGGCCCAAACUGGUCGCCAGGAGCUCUCGCCGUACAGCCGUGCCACGACUGGAUCGCGGUCGGUGUGCGCAACACUGUUGUCUUCUACGACUUCGAAGGCCGCUUCAUUGGUGAGAUCCGCGCGGUAGGUCGAGGCCGCGUAUCUGCCCUUUCCUUCUGCGAGGCCCCCGCCCUAACUCACCUGCUUGCUGUGGGCACAUCCGAAGGCUUUGUCAGAGUAUAUGACGCUCAAACAAGACGGAUAUUUCGGAAAGUGAGAGAACCACCACAAGGAAAGAAGAAAAGAUUGUCUAUCUUUGCUCUUAGAUUCGUUAAUCGAUUUCCUAAUGUGCUACUCGUAGUUACGGAACCGAACCAAAUAUGCAUGUGGAAGUACGAGACUGCGGAAAACAUCAGAUGCGUCUUCGAUAUGUUCCUUGACGUUCGGAUUAUUACUUGCGUGACACUUGUCCCUGGAUCUUCAGAGUUGCUUCUAGUUGCAGGUUUAUUGCAAGGUGAGGCGGAGGAGGGAAUUGCGAUGGUCAUCGAUGUCUCUCGAAACGGGAGACCGUCUAUUUUUCACAAAGGCGCUAUCGUGAAUGACUUAGUGACAAGCGUGCGCGAUGAAGCAAGUGGUUCUCAUCACUUUUUCCUGCUCAUGGUAUCUGCGUAUUGCAAACGACCAGUCAUCUACAAAUCUCUAGAUGGGGUUUCUUGGAGUGCUCUUGAAAGUUCUUCCCAGAGUAGUACACCUUCCUGGAGCGACACCACCAAUGAGACCCCUCUUCGCGAGAGACCUUCAAGAGAUCGCACGCCCUCUCAUUACUAUUGUUCUGGUACAUGGUGCGGUCAACGCGACAUUGUCGUUUCAAAUCCCAGAGGGACGAUUGUGCACUAUCAGAUAGAUGGUAAUAAUCGUCUCCAGGAGAUGACUCACCGACAAUCAGCUCACAUACGACAAAUCUUUUCCAUGAAAGCCUUGAAGGCAAAAUAUCAAUUUGUUACUUCUUCAAUGGAUAGGACUGUUGCGCUUUGGCAGUUAGAUUCUUCGCCAUCCGAUGAGCCUCUAAUUAAGCUCAAGUGUCGCACCCCGAGAACGAAUGGACCUAUCAAGUCAUUGGCAGUCUCGCUGCCAAACCAGCCUUCCGAGACCGAAAUGGCCACGGGAAAAGGUGGACGAUGUAAUUCAUUUGUUUCGUUCGCGACAAGUGAUACGAUCACUUAUCUCUCAUGCAUUGAAAACAGCACAUGUGAUGUGAUUGGAGAAAUUUCUCCGAUUGGCAACACAGUCCGGAAACGUGAGACCAUUGAGUCUGUAGCCCGAAUAGCCACCCGCGAGAAUGGCGAAUUUCCAAAUAGAACUGAUAAGACGAGCUUGUUUCUCUUCGCUACAUCCAACGGACGGGUUGGACUCAUCAGACUUCUGAACGGAGAACUACAAUUUGUUUUUUCACGCAAACGAAAAUGCCAGAACAAUGGUAAAGAGCAAAAGACUCGUCUGCUUGCCAUUCACGGGGAUACUGCUAUAACUUCGAUUUCGGGAAACGGUGACUUAGAAACGAUGAUGCUCCCUCUGUCUGAAAGGGCUUGGACGGAAGCGAGAAACUCUCCAAUGCAGUGGCCAGCUGGCUCAAUAUCUUUGCGUGCAGGUGAAACAACUCCCAAAGCGUCUGCAGCUUGUCGAAUUCAACAACAGAAUGGAGAUGAGUGUUUCCUGUGUCUGGGCUAUGAGGAUGGCACAUUAGCCCUAUUCAGUAUCUCCGGGGAGCUUGUAGUUGGUCCUUUAGCCACGGGCUUGGCUCGCGUUUUGUGCAUUGCCCACAAAUGGGACCAACAUACUAUUGUGGCUUCUGACGGUGAUUGUGGCAUCGUAACGAUAUCCACAGAUGGUGUUUCAUUUAGUUCUCACGCUGGAAGCGAGAGUCAACCUCAGCUUCGUAUACGUCGCCAUCAUCAAAAUCUGGUUGAUGGCAUCAGAUGCUUGACUUGGUCCCCGUCAGCGUCAACAAAUGAUGCAUGUGCGGUAGAAAGAUCUACUUAUUUAGUGGCGAUAACUAAUAGGGGGGAGAUAUACGUAUGGAUCUACCAAGAGAAUGAGGAGCUGGUGCUUCGUGCGAACAUAAAGUCUCUUUAUGGCCGGGUUAGUUGCUGCAUGUGGGAAAGCUAUCACUGUUUGCUCUCUGGUGGAGAAGAUGGAAGUAUUCGAAGGUGGGAGCUCGAAAAGCAGCCGUGGCCAUCCCCGUACAAACCUAGAAAAUAA